ACAGCAGACGCUCAGUUGCAUUCUAAGCAUACAAAGCAAACGGUUCCAGCUCACCAUGUACGGUCAUCAAAUGUUCUUGUGUUUUGUGUUUGUGUUGAUAGUGACAAGAGCUCACAGUGCGGACAUCAAUGACACCGACGUGUUUGAAGAGUUGAUCGGCAAGCUAGAACAUAUCCAGUACAAGUUAAUUGAGAUGGAGUUCGCUAUGAAGGAGGAUCGAGAAAGUAUUGACCAGAAACUAUCUGGCGCGAUCAGUCAGCUGGUCCAAACGAUUGGCUACAAUCUGACCACACUGCAGGCUCAAUCGAAUAAAAUUAUUUCGCAGCAGGCUGUCUGCGCCAACCACGAACAGAUGCGGAAAGAGAUCGAAGCGAUCGGAUCCAAUCAAGAUCAGCUACCGGCCAGGUCAGACUCUAUUUUGUGGAAAAGACCCAUUCGUUCGUGCAAAGAUGAGUCAGCGAAGCAAUCGGGAAAGUACCUGUUACAGCCUACCGAAAAUGGUGAGCUAUUUCUAGGAUACUGUGAGCAGGUUAGUUUCGGAGGAGGUUGGUUAGUAAUCCAGCAUCGGUACAACGGAAUGGAAGACUUUGAUCGUAACUGGACAGACUAUCGAAACGGAUUCGGUAGCAUUGGUGGAGAGUUCUGGCUUGGGCUCGAGCGUUUGCAUCUGGUGACUUCAGCACGAAAACACGAGCUUUUGGUGGAGUUAAAAGAUUUCUCCGGAGAGUACAAGUACGCAAGGUAUAAUGCGACCGAGAUCGGCAGUGAGCUGGAGCAAUAUCCGUUAAUGCUAGGUUCGUAUAUAGGAACGGCAGGAGACUCAUUAAAUUAUCAUAACAACAUGAAGUUUACCACGAUGGAUCGAGACAAUGAUAACAAAAAGGAUGUGAACUGUGCUAGACCUGAUCGUGGAGGAUGGUGGUUUAACGAGUGUUAUACGGCAAAUCUUAAUGGACGUUACAGUAAUACUGACGAUGGUAAUGCAAUACAUUGGUACUAUUACAAUUCUGCUUUUAUUGGUUUAGCAUACUCAAGGAUGUUAAUUCGUGAGACUUAAUGCGAAUAUUAAACUAUGUUUCGUUUACAUCAGCUGAGAAAUGUACUUCGGUUUCAUCGUCUGAAUAUUACUUUAAAUAAUAAAAUUAGAAAUUCUAACCCUCA